GUAAAUUAGAAAUUAGACAUCCCAAAAACAGUAGCGGAGUGAGCUCGUCAACAAAAUCUUCAGAGCCGUUUCUUUCCAAAUCUUUUUUUUUUUCUACUUUAGCACCGUGCUGGACGGAUCUGCCAUAGAGGAUAUAUGUUUGGUAAAGGUGCGAAGCGGAAGCUGGACGAGGAUGAAGAGGGGCUGGAAGGCAAAACGAUGGAGGCGUCGGUGGCGGGAGGGGGACUAGGCUUCUGUCCGGAAGGCCUUUCCAAGGUAUCGUACACCCUUCAGCGGCAGACCAUCUUCAACAUCUCCCUGAUGAAGCUGUACAGCCAGCGGCCGCUUGGUGAGCCCAGCCUGGAGCGCCGAGUCCUCAUCAACAACAUGCUGCGACGCAUCCAGGACGAACUCAAGCAAGAAGGCUCCCUGCGGCCGUUGCUCCUGCCGCCCUCGCCGCCGCCCGACGACCCCAUGGAUGAGGGCUACCGCGAGGCGCCUUCCUUCGGUGUUUUGUCAGCAGCGGCGUCGGCUCAGGUGCCCCAACCUUCGGCGCUGCUGAUGCCGGUGAUCGUUCCACCGCCUUCACCCCACCCGUCGGUGCCUCCCACCUGCCAGACAUCCCACACCUGCACCGAUCGUGUGGAGGCCUGCCCCGCCCCUCUGGAAGCCUGCCUCACUCCAGCCUCCUUACUGGAGGAGGACGGUGGAGAUUCAGCCUUUUGCGCUCCGUCUCCACCCACUCCUCCUAUGUCGCCUCCUCCUGCGCAGCCUCCACCUUUGCCGUCGGCACUUCUGAGCCAGGCAUCCCCCAGGGUCCCUGUGCCUGCCUCGUCCAAUGACGGUUUCGCCUCCGCUCUGAGUGACAUGGAGUUGGGUCCUCCCACAGCCAUAACAAGGACAGCAGCAGCUAAUACUACGACCGUGACUACCUCCCCAACUCCCAUGCCACUCACCCAGCCCUCCCACUUAGCAGCCCUGUCCCCAGCACCGAUGGGACCACCCAAAGACUUCAGAGCCGUGGGUGCUAAACCAGAGGCAGCUAGCGUCUUGCUAGCAGAAAGCCGCUGUGCCGAGCUUCGGCCGCUGGACACUCUGCCCACACUGCCCCCUGUAGGCCUAGUAGACAUUUCCUCCUCUCCUUCCUCCUCUCCCUCCUCUUCCUCGCCCUCGGGGUUUCUCUCAGACUUGGCGCUGGACGAUGUCCUGUUCGCCGACAUCGACACGUCCAUGUAUGACUUUGACCCCUGUACGACAGCGGGGGCUGUCGGCAUGACAGCGGGCGGUGGCCUCGCCAAACUGUCGCCGAUGGUGACGGCGGACGACCUCCUCAAAUCACUGGCGUCGCCGUACAGCGGCCCCGCCCCCCAGGUUUCAGCCAAUCAGCCUUUCAAAAUUGAUCUGACAGAACUGGACCACAUCAUGGAGGUGUUGGUGGGUUCGUGACUAGCAGACACCACCUUUGAAACACAAAGACAGUUUAAUCCGGAGAACAGACUGGAAUGAAAAUUUGGGAUGAAUUUAGGGUUUUUUCCUGGUUGUUCUUUUUAUGUUUGUUUUUAAAUAACUCUCUUUAAAGGUCGGUAAUUGUAAGCAUCGAUGGUGAUGUCAAUUAGUACUACUAUGACAACUACUACUACUACACAACACUGUGCAUGCACUGUGCUCGCCUUUCCAAAUAUGGAAAUGAAGUAACCGGGAAACAAAGACACACAUAUGUUUGUAUUUCUAUACUUGUGAGGACCUCCAAUAACUACAUUCAUUCCCUAAUUUAAACCUAAUCCUAGUUCUAAUCUUUAACACGGACCUAAGCCUUAACCCUGAAAAGUUACUGUAAAUAGAAAGAAAUGAGGACCGGCAAGUUGUCCUCAUUCUGGAGGAUCUUUGCAAUCAUUCUAUCCUUGUGAGGACAGUUAGUCCUCACAGGUAUAGAAAUACAAGUAAACACACACACACACACACACACACACACACACACACACACAUUGGAUUCAUGGCUUUUAGCAGAUGAGUGCCUUUCAAAAUGACCACUUAUUCAAUUCCUGUUUUUACAGUAUUUGUCUGUUUUUCUUGUUUUUUUUUUCCUAGAUCUUUUCACUUUAACAGCCUAGAGAGGUCAAUCCCUCAACAUUUUUAAUUUAUUCUAUUGUAUUAAAAACUGUUAUUAAGUGAGGUAAUUUCUCAUGAUCAAAUAAUAAUUAUUUAAUCUUUUAUCUUAUUACAGAUGCUGUUUUAUUUGAAAAGCGAGCAUAAUAAGUUUUUAUGGAAUACAUUGUUUUACCAGUGUGCUACAUAUUAGCUUGGCUAUAUAAUUACGCUUCGGCAAUAGCUCUAAAAACACAUAGUGGUUUGUUGAAGCCCUUUUGAUAGAAGGAGGUGUCUGUUCUUGUACACAUUAUUGUUAUGAAUUCAGUUCAGGUUUUAUGUAUUUUUUCUUUACCUUUCUAAUUGGCAGGCACGUAACUGUGCUGGAUGCUAUUUUACAUAAGCCCGGUUGUAUGGGCUAGUUAUCAUGCUUCAGUUUCAGCAGAAUUCAAAUGAGCUACACCCACAGGAACGUGUUUACAUUGGAAGCGGCAGCAGCACCAACACAGAUCUCAGUGGGAUGGAGAACAUCUGAAAAGUCCAACUUAAGCAGACUCCAAACACCACUCUCCACCACAUGUUUUUUUUUAUUGAAUGCAUAAUUUGGCUUUACAGGACCCAAAAGAAAUGUCACAAAUUUCAGCACCAUUGGUACUCUGUAGGUUUCUUAGAAUAGCGUAAAAAAAAAGAAGGAAAUAUUUUAGAAGAAAUGCCUUAUUCAGGGUUUUUUGAUGCAACAGAUUUAGCAACAUGAGUGGCAGACAAAUUGCAGAGAAUGUUUACCCGUGUUCAGGAUAGAGGCUCUUACACGCCAAAUGUCAGGGUUCUGCUCACCUCUGUACAUUGUGCAGUACAGUUUUGAGGUUGACCCCAAAAACCGCUUGGAUGUUUUAAACACAUGCGAUCGCCGGAGGGCUAAAUCUGUCUCGUAAAUAAUUUGAAUGUGAAUUUCCAGUGAAGUAGGAAACCCAAACCAGGGUGUUAACCCGAUACUGCAACCAUGCAAAAAAGACUCCGUUGUUUCAAAACACUGCUCUCUUGCACAGUCCACCACGCAUGAGUUUAGGCACAAAAAGACUAAAUAUGAUGACUGAGUGCAGCAUCCAAGAUGGAGGGUCACAUGAGGAUACCUAUCAUCUUUAUGAUUUUCCCAGCAGACCACACACGCACACAGUUUUUCAUAGAAUGGGAAGCUCAGUUUACGAAUGCUGUGUUUAAGCCUUUAUAUGCUGAUCUGUUCAAGUUAAAUAUAUAUUCCAGUUUACAUCAAAUUCCCAUUCAUAUUUUUUAUAAUAAUGAAGUUGAUACGUUUAAUAAUUCAACAAUUGAAAUACAUUUUACUGUCCCCAGUUCACAGAUUUAGUUAUUAACUAUUGUGGAUCAAAUGUAUGGAGGAUGGGUUUGCUAUUAAAAGCAUUUUUAAAAGAAAGAUUAUGUAUGUAGUGUUUGAGGCUAAAAACAGUCAUUUAUACAUUAUUAGACUACUGACAUUCUUUCAGAGAAAAAAAUCUGAGAUAGAGUAGACACAUUGGCACCAGGCUAGUUGCCUUUUCAUAGUGACAAAGCCUGCAGAGGACACCCACAUUAGUUUAAGUAGUUACAGGACAACAACAUAGUCGCCUACACUUUUAGGAAUCUGCAAGGAUGCAAAAAAAAAGGCUUGUUUUGUAGAAGUUGAUACAACAAAACAAAAAGUUGUGAAAUGCCUUUGCUUGCUGCAAUACUCAGAAACAUAUUCAUAAGCAAUGAAUAAGAAAAGCUUAGUCAUCACUUUGCCUCUUGUAGACAAUAAAACAAUAUGAUUUCAACUAAUAGGCUGAUAUGUAGAAGGGGAAAUCCUCCCUGGGAUACUUCUACAAUGGGUUUUUUUGAUCACCAAUGCAUUGCAGGACUGACUACAUGGUAAUCAAAACAUUAGAAGUGCAAAAUGCUUUUUAAGCAUCCACUGUUAGAGGCUCAAACCAAAAACCUGAUAUUUAAAGUUGCAUUCAUUGUUUUUUUGGCCACUUGGGGGCAGCAGAAUAAGCCGAAACUCAAAUAUCUGACAUAUUAUUCAUCCAUUGCAUUUAUUUUAAGUUGUCAUCUGCAUAUGUGGAGAACAUAGGUCCUUUUAACUCUGAUUUGGUUUCCACCAAGUCCUAAAGGAGGUGUUUGGCUCGUUAGCUGCGAAAAAAUGGCUAAAAAGCUCGAGCUAAACGAAACCGCAGAGCUUGGUGUUCAUCAUUUUGGCCUUUUCUGAUACAAACUCCAUUGUAACUCAUUAUACAUAUCGUCUACAUUACUUCAAUGGAUUAGAAAUAUUUAAGGGUGGAUUUUUUCUUCAAAUGUAGUUAAGUACCUAAUUACACAAGAAACCCUCAACACUUCUGUGUCUGCCAACACAACAGUACUAUGGUAUGAAAUGGUAUGUUAAUGGUAUUUCUAGCAGAACUCCCAGCUGGUGGGACUCAGUAGUUGUUAAUGGGACAGAAUGUGUUAUCUGUAAUCCAGCGUGACUCAUUUUUACCGUGUUAGCCAACAGCAGUGAGGCCGUGUAAUGUUAAAACGUGUUCCAAGACAGAUCAUUGGCUCCCCAGCGUGCUUUUCACCUCAUCUAGAGUGUGUAAACGAAAAACAUUUGAACUGAAUUCAAAGCAGAGUGUGAGCCGAACAGACGGCAGCACCAACUAAUACUGUUUGUAGACGACUGCGUCAUGUUUCUUUCACUAUGUUUGAAUUUUGGAGUGCUUAUUUUUUUGUCAAUGAAGUUAUUUAUUCAUAUUGGGUUUUUUCUCUUUUUUUCUUUUCCGUGUAAAUAUAUUUAUUUUUGAUGUGAAGUGAACAUUUGGAUUGUAAAUGCGUGUACAGAAUGUGUGGUAGGAAUGUACUCUGCUCCAGAUAGGAAUGUAUCUGAGUGUGGAAUUAUGGGUGGAAGCCAUUUUUUUUACAUACAUAGGUAGUUAUAUUAUCUUGUUUAUCUGUUUGUUUGUUGCUUUGUUAUUGAUUUUUUUGUGUGUGGGGGUGGCGGCCACAACUUUUUACAUCUUUUGUACUCUUUUGUUCAUCAUUUUCCAGUUGAAGGCGAACAGUUCAUGCAGCAAUACUCAAAAAAAAAAAAAAAAAAAAAAAAGUCUCCAACCUUCAGAUGUCAAGACUCCAAAGCCUGUCAUAGACACUUCAAUGCCAAAAGUAAUGUACAUAGUAUGAACAACAUUCGAGCUCUUGAGACUUUUUUCGAUCAGUGUUUGUAAUCGAAUCUGCUUUAGCGCUGUCCGGGUGUGCUGCGGUUCGACUCGCCAGGAAAGAGUGACCGCAGUCCAGGCUGAUUUCCUCUAUGAAGGCUGUAUUUUUCACAGACCUCAGAGCUGUGCCUUUUUCUAUGCAAUAGAAUAUACAAAAACACAGAGAGAGAAAUUAUCAGCUGUAUUGGGAUCCAAAUGUGGACUGUAGAUAAAAUAUAUGUAUACAUAUAUAUAUGUAUGUGCGUGUAUAUAUAUGUAUAUAUAUAUGAGAUAAAUGGACUGCUGUCUAUGAAUUUGAAACAGUCUUACUUUUGUAGUUUUAUAUAUAUAUAUAAAUAUAUAUAUACAAUAAACUGUAAAAAGAGA